AUGGCAAAAGCGGAAUCGGCUGUAAGAAAUAACUUGGAUUGCCUUAACGUAGAUUUUAUGCGAUCUUUAGUUAAGCAAUACACCGAAUUAGGUCAAUGGACGAGUGCGUUCUUCUGGGCGGACGCAGCGGCUGCUUCGAGUGGGGCUGCCGUAGCUAGUGGUGACGAUGUCUGGCUAUUAGCCAGUGCAAUGCUCGCCAGAGGAGAACUACACAGAGCAGCACAUGCAAUCACUUCUAGAAACUUACACAGGAGACAUCUCCUCUGUCUCGGUGUAGCGAUGCGAGCAUACAUAUCUGUUAAGGAACCACAAACAACUCUCAGUAUACUUGAAGAAUGUGAUCCAAACCUAUUAGAACCGAGGAGUAUGGACCAGACACAUAAUCGAGCUUUAGCCGGUGUCCUAGUAUGGCAGGCUCGUGCUCUGUGUUUGUUGGAGCGCCGGGAGGCUGCGGCGGAAGCCCUAACAGCUGCCCUUAGGGCUGACGCGGCCUGCUACGAAGCCCUAGACCUUCUGCUGGACCAACACGCAUUAACACCCGGACAGGAGAUAGAGUUAAUAGAGUCUCUGCCUGUUAACAAUCAGAUGAGUGCUUCAGAGGCAACGCUGGUUAGAGUGGCUUACAGGGAGAGGUUACUGAGAUACACACCGCUACAGACGGCCUCGCCUGACGCUUAUAAUAAUCAAAUCAAAACAGCAGUGGAGCUAGCGAGGUCUCGCAGCGCGGAGGCGGCGGAAUCCCGGGGGCGGAGGCUCGCGGCGGGCGGGCGCUGGGGCGAAGCCCUAAAAGCGUUAGACGAGGCCGGGCCUUGGAGCUGCGCCGAGGUCCGCGCAGCCUGCCUCGUGGAGCUCAAGAGGAGCUCGGAGUUGUUCGCGUUCGCACACGCUCUGGUUGACUCCUACCCACAAGCUUGGACGGCCUGGUAUGCAGUGGGAUGCUACUAUUAUCUAAUAGGUAAGAGUGAGUUCGCGCGUCGUUACCUCAGUAAGGCGUGUUCGCUAGAGGCGGGCGCGGGCUGCGUGUGGCUCGCAUACGGACACAGCUUCGCCGCUGACAAUGAACAUGACCAAGCCAUGGCUGCUUACUUUAAGGCGAGUCAGUUAAUGCCCGGGUGUUACCUGCCGUCACUCUACGUGGGUGUGGAGUGUUCGUUAUUAAACAACGUCAGUAUGUGCGAAAGAUUCAUGUCGAGGGCUGCCUCAUUACAUAGUAAUGCUGAGACGGACAGCGCGUGUAUAGAGACGGACAUCGAUCAGCGUGGCGGCUGGGAGCGAGUGUGUCGUGUGGUGAGGUCCCCGCACGUGGCGCACGAGGCGGCCGCCGCAGCCCUGGCCGCGGGACACCCGGAGCACGCAAGGGUGCUCUUCACACGGGCCCUGCACUACGCCGGGCCUCCCGACCAGUUAAAUCCAUGUUGGGCAACCACUCUGGACGCGCUGGGUCACGUGAACCGCGUAUUGGGCAAUCCGUCGGAGGCUCUUCAGUGGCACGAGCGAGCCCUAGCGCUUCGCCCCGCUCGGGCCUCCAGCCUCGCCGCUAAGGGGCUCUGUCUCGCGCUCCUAGGCCGGGAGCCCGAGGCCGCAGAUACUCUACACGCGGCGUUGGCGCGGGACCCUGACCACGUGGUCGCUAUAGCGCUUCUGGAUGCCAUUAUCGAUAGACUAGACGCGCAAUUGACGGAGGAGGAGAUCCCUCAGUUCGCUUUCCCCGCGGUGAGUCUCACGUCUCCCCCCGCGCCCCCCGCCGCGGCCGGAGACUUCGCCCCCUCGCCCGCGGCGCCCGCCGGCCGGACCGACGCCACCAAUACCUCCGACAUGAGCAUGAGCUUCGAUUGA